AUGCCAAAACACUACUGCGACUACUGUGACGUCUUCCUCACUCACGAUUCUACGUCAGUUCGCAAAGCUCACAACAGUGGCAGGAAUCAUCUUUCAAACGUCCGUGAUUAUUAUGCAUCUUUAGGACACGACAAGGCCCAAAACAUUAUUGAUCAAAUCACCUCCGCCUACGAAUCUGGAGGACCUCCUCCUGGUGGGUUCGGCUUUGGACCCCAGCAUCUUGGAGCACCUCCGCCUGGUUUUGGACCACCUCCAAUGGGAUACGGAGGACAGCCAAUGCCACCUCCAGGAUUUGGCGGUCCCCGCCCACCGUUCCCUCCUGGCCCAGGAUUUCCUCCCAUGAUGCCCCCCGGUGGACCUCCAUUCCCUCCCGGUGGUAUGCCUCCUCCUGGUAUGAAUGGCCCUCCCGGUGGAUUUGGAGGGCCACCGCCAUUCCCACCGUCUGGAGGACCACCCGGCGCAGGCAUGGGUGCACCCCCCUUCCCACCGAAUGCUCAGGGCGGAGCACACCCUCCUCCCGGUGCAAAUUUCAACGGACCUCCUGGAUCACAAAACGGGCCUCCACCAGGUGCGAAUGCGGGACCAACUGCGCCAAGCAUCCACCCGGAUAGACUGAGAAUGCUAAAUAGCGGUGGAAGAUGA